AUGACUGCUGUGGCAUCACCGCCUAGUGUGCAAUCGGGGUCUCGCUUGGGAUGGUACAGCACUGGUGACGGAGGAGAAGGAGCUCUAUCGUCAGUGAAUGCGGAAGAAGUAUCCCGGAUGUUUAUGCCGCGGAAGCACGUUCAGCGAUCAAACUCCUCGUCCUCCCUCUCGUCAUCUUCCUCUACGGCGACAGUGACCAACACUCAAUCAGAGACCCAUGCUGGACAGAAUUCCAGUACCGAAGUAGGCACUUGGUCAUCCAAAAAGAAGCCAAUCAGAAGUCCUUGGUUUAACACCAAGGCCGAAGCGGUAGCAGGAGUAACGAACCUCCGAUCCCAGCCGGUUCCUGCUUUCUCCUCUGGGCCAACUGCAUCGUCAACAAUGUCCGCCAUUCACCAGCCUCCGUCUAUUGUCCCCUCACAGCACAUGCUACAGUCAUCCCAGCAGAAUGGUAUUCGGCAGACCAAUGGGCAGUCUGCAGACCCUCCUGCUAUUCUUACUCUCACUCCCAUGAACGGUACAUUCGAGAAAAAACAAAUUAAUGUGCCCUUCUUCUCCGAAGUGCUUCGAAUUGGUCGCCAGACCAAUGCAAAAACAGUGCCCACCCCGGUUAAUGGGUUCUUUGAUUCUAAAGUUCUCUCUCGACAGCAUGCUGAGAUUUGGGCCGAUAAGACUGGAAAGAUUUGGAUCCGUGAUGUCAAGUCAUCAAACGGUACCUUCGUCAAUGGCCACCGCCUGUCGCCGGAGAACCGCGAGUCAGAGCCUCAUGAGUUGCGAGAAAAUGAUACCCUCGAACUGGGAAUCGACAUCGUCAGUGAGGAUCAGAAUACCAUUGUACACCACAAGGUUUCUGCCAAGGUUGAGCAUGCUGGUCUCUAUGGGACCACCCCUAACAUCUUGGAUCUUAACUUCGGAGAUCUAGAUCCCGCAUCGGGUGGCGGUCUUCUCCCUUCACCUCUCAGCCAACCGCUCUCUCAUCUACGUGGGCGAUCCAGCAGCAAUCUGAGUACUCGUAGUUCUCAGAGCGUCGCGAGUAGCCAGUUUAACGCCGUGCAACAGCAACGUCAAAUGAAUUAUUGGAACUCGCCCAUCUCUGUUGAGCAAGUGGUCAAGAGGUUGACGGGGGAGUUGAAACAAGCCAAGCAACAAUCCCAGGAUCUUCGCCAAACCGAUGAUUUUCUGAACGCUAUCAUGAAACCCGGUUAUGCCGAGAAAGAGAAAGCCACCAAGCCUUCUCUCGAGAAUGGCGGACCACGUCAAAUAAAUGGCCGCCCCAAGAUGCCGCGCGUGGACUCUUUCUCCAGAUUCUCGGACCCGCCAGCUCCCCCACCACAGCAACCAUUGCCAGAGAAACCAGAUGCGCCUCGAAGUGGCAUGGAUGCAUUCUCACCCUUGAAACGUAGUGACACGGAUAAGCAAAAGCCGGUCUCCACUACAAGUUCUCCGGUGUCGCGUGAUUCAAGUCAGAUUCUGUCACUUCUUGAGGCGUUAUCAUCUGCCAAACGAGAAAUUGACGUCCAAAGUGUCCGCAUGAAGGAGCUUGAAGAUAUUCUCCACCAGGAGAAGGCUGCGCGCGAGUCUGCAGAGGAGAAAGUUAAGAAGUUGGAAAUGCGCUCCUCAUUGGAGCAUGCGAAACAGAGCGCCGACGGCUCGACUGAUAGCCUCCCGGAUAAUAAUUCGGAGACACAACGCGAGCAUGAGGACGUGGAGAAGGCGGAACAACCCAACGGGUCAAUUCCGCCAUCCGAAGCCUCUGCGGAUCCUGAAGCUACCAAACCAGAUUCUUAUCCAGACGUGAACACUGCACAGCUUCAAAAACGUCUCGAGACCAUGAUGGAAGAGAUGGAAGAAAUGAGGAAGCAGGUGGCUUCGUUCAAGGACCGUGCAGAAAAAGCUGAGAACGAGAAUGCCCACUCGCGGAAGUCACUAGCGGAGCUGAUCGAAGACCACCGCCGUGAACGCGACGAGAAAGCUACGGCUGCGGCUGCUAUUCGCAAGACCAAGCUAGAUGUCCAUGGGCAAGAUACGGCCAAGUCGACUUCUGAACAUAGCUCACCAGCUGAAAAUGGCGCCGCGGAGCCCAGCAAGAAGGGUGACGCGUCAGUGCAGCAUUCCGACCCAGCCUCUUUAAAAGGAAAAGAGAUGGAUGCAGCAGCUACGGCGUUGGCUACCCAAUGGCAUCGUCGCGGCUUUUUGGAGGAAGCAAGUCCUUUUGCGUCCAUGUUUGGCGUGGUUCUGCUUGGGGUUGGUUUAAUGGCCUAUCUCAAUGGGUGGCAAAAGAUGGACAAAUAA